UGAUGACGUAAAGUUAUACGUCACUCCCGACUCGACGGGAGCAUCCCUGGUGGCUUAGCUAGGUCGCUAACCGUACCGCAGUUUUUCUUGUGUUGAUUCCCACAAAGAAAGCGAGCACAAAUAUCAGUUUUCAUAAGUGGAAGAAACAGUAAACAUUCUUCCGCGUGCCCGCAUCCGGCCGGCCGCCAUGGCUUUGCAAGGCCCGGAGGAGCUGGGGGAGCCGGUGGAGGAAUCAGAGGACCUGGAUGACCAUGACGCCAGUAGUAUCUCCCCGGCAGAGGAGAUACCGCUGCCCGCCGGGCCCGGGGGCGACGACGAGGAUCCCGUGGGGAGCACCGUGCUGCUGCCUUGGGAUCGUUUCUCGGCCUGGUUGCACUGCAUCUGCGUGGUGGGCUUCGACCUGGAGCUGGGACAGGCGGUGGAGGUGAUUUAUCCGCAUCAUUCCAAGCUGUCAGAGAAAGAGAAAACAAGCAUUUGCUACCUGUCCUUCCCGGACUCCAACUCUGGUUGCCUUGGCGACACCCAAUUUUGCUUCCGCUUCCGUCAAGGCUCCAACAGGAAGUCGUCACUGGGCUGCUUCCUGGAAGCUAGUGACAGGGAUGCGCCGCCCUGCCUCAAGAGGGAGCAGGGCCAUUAUUAUGGCUAUGUGUAUUUUCGGCAAGUGCGGGACAAGUCUCUAAAGAGAGGCUACUUCCAGAAGUCUCUGGUCCUGAUCAGUAAGCUUCCCUACGUGACCUUCUUCCACUCGCUCCUCAAGAUCAUGGCUCCGGAAUACUUUGAGAAGCAGGAACCGUGUCUGGAGGCGGAUCGCUGGCCCACGGCGCAUCCAGGGAGAAUCCUCACGCUGCCCAUCAUGGGCGUGGUCAUCAAGGUGCGCAUCCCGACAAGCUACGACAAACCGGGAACGUCACAACUGGUGCAGUCGACGCAGAGUGACAGUCUGGUGUCCAUUGUGCUGCCCACCAUCCACGAGGUGGACCUCUUCAGGUGCUUCUUUCCAGUCUUCUUCCACAUCCAGAUGCUGUGGGAGUUGGUCUUGCUGGGGGAGGCGCUCGUUGUCAUGGCGCCCUCUCCCGCCGAGUCGUCCGACACCGUGCUGGCACUGGUCAGCUGCGUGUCUCCUCUACGCUACUGUAGCGACUUCCGGCCCUACUUCACCAUCCACGACAGCGAGUUCAAGGAGUACACCACCAGGACGCAGGCCCCACCCUCCGUCAUCCUGGGAGUGACCAACCCCUUCUUUGCGAAGACUCUGCAGCACUGGCCUCACAUCAUCCGGAUUGGCGACAUGAAGCAAGCAGGCGAGAUGGCCAAGCAGAUGAAAGUGAAGAAACUGAAGAAUCUAAAAACGCUCGACUCCAAACCCGGUGUGUAUACGGCGUACAAGCCGUAUCUCAACAAAGAUGAGGAAAUCAUCAAGCAGCUUCAGAAGGGUGUCCAACAGAAGAGGCCUUCGGCGGCACAGAAUGCAAUUCUGCGGCGCUACUUUCUGGAGCUGACGCAGAGCUUCAUCAUUCCCCUGGAGCGCUACGUGGCCAGCCUGAUGCCUCUGCAGAAGUCCAUCAGCCCAUGGAAGAGUCCACCUCUGCUGCGGCCGUUUGUCCAGCAGGACUUCAUGAAGACGCUGGAAAAGGCCGGCCCGCAGCUCACCUCCAGACUCAAGGGAGACUGGAUCGGACUGUACAGACACUUCCUGAAAUCUCCAAACUUUGACGGCUGGUUCCGCAACAGGAGGAAGGAGAUGACACAGAAACUGGAGGCCCUGCACCUGGAAGCGCUCUGUGAGGAGGACCUGCAGCAGCGAGUCCAGAGGCACUCGGAGGUGGAGACGGUGGAUCUGGUCCUCAAGUUGAAAGACAAACUGGCAAGUUGGAAAAAUUGGAUCGCAAGAAAAAGCCCCCAAACCAAAUACUGACUUGUGUGGGGUUUUGGGUCGUUGUUUUCCCUCCACAGAGUCAAGCCGAGAAAGAGCGUCUGCCCGUGGGUGCCGGCACACUGGCCAAACUGCGAGCUCACAUCGACGGCGUCAUCCUGGCCUUGCCCGAAGACCUCCAGGGUAUCCUCCACAAACCCACCACACCCUGAACUUUGACCCAAGAAAAAAAAAAAGACAUCAUGGCCACCUACCACAUGAAGAACGCUCAGUGUUUUCUCAUCAUUUCCAAAUGUCUGGAGGGAUUUUUGUCUACCAAUUGAAAAGGCUUUUAAUCUUGAAUCAUUUUUAAAGACUGGCUUUUAAAGUGCACUUCUUAACAUUGUGUACGUAAAACAAAAGAAAACAGGCACUAGUAUGCAAGCAGCCAAUGGUGGAGCUUUUCAUUUUUCAAUCGGACUAACAUCCAGUAAACAGCACAAGAAUUUUACACCAGCGACGCACUCGGUUCCGCAGUGGCUAAUCGGGCGUCUGCAUCUAGGUCAUGUGACCCAGUUUUUUUUAGUAAAUUUAAGAAUUUCCAGAAUGUUAAUGAAGAACUUUCAUUGGAAAUUUGGUGGAAAAUAUCCUAGGAAUUUAUGGAUUUUUUUUUUAGGCUUGAAAUUUCUGUCCCCCUCCCCAAAGAGUAACGUUCCUUCUGCCCAAAAAAAUCAAACCUAAUCAAACUUGAAAGAUGAUCUACUACAGUAUUUUUUAGAUUUUCUUUUUUGUAAUGUUUUUUCUUACAAGAAAGAAACAACUCUCAAAGCCACACCAACAACACAGCAAUAAUGCAACACCAGCGACACACUCAUUUUCACAUCAGCCAAUCAGGCUUCUGCAUCUUUGUCACAUGACCACACCAGGAUCUUUUUGGGUUUUUGUCAGUUCUAUGUCACACGCAAAUUUUGAGCGAAUAUUUCAAGAAAAAUUCUAGAGAAUUUCUGGCAAUUGACAGAAAAUGUUCCCAAAAAUCUUCUGAUAUUCUGGGAAGGUAGUUAUUGUAAAUGCCAGGAAACACAUCGAAAAUUUGUCAAAGAUGGUGUGCCUGUUGUGUUCUCAACAAAAUUAGCAGAAAAUUUCUGAAAAUUCAAACUAUAGAAUGUUUCCAGCUACAAAAAGUCACUGUUGGAAAUCUAACUGGAAGCUUUUCGAGCACAGGAAAUUUGGUGGAGAAUUUUCAAACGUUUUCCAUCGCUAAAUGAUCUUUUGAAUGUGUCCAAACUGAUGACAUGGCCUUAAUUUAUGCUCACAAAGAUAACGACGCUAUUGUUUGAUUUCCCCCGUAAAUGCCUUUAAAAUCUCUCAGGAAGUCUCCAUAAAUAUCAUUCACACUUGAUUUGUUAACAAAAAAAUAUUUAUUAUUUCAUUAUUUUGACCACCGUUUAACAGCAUUUUAGGUUAUUUGCAUUUUUUUUUACUUCUACCAUUUUAUUAGCAUAGUUUCUAUUUUAUUUUACUUUUAACAUUUCAUACUUUUUGUACAAUUCCAGAAAGGACAGUAAAGCAUAAUUGUGGCUUGACUGAAUUAUUAAUUGUAUCAUUUUAUGUUAUGAUUUUUCUCAUUUCGUAAUAUUCUUCCUUAUGAAAAAUUGGCAGGGAAUUUAUGGAAACUCUAUGGGGAAUUUGGCAAAAUAUUCCACCUGAAUGUCUUUUCAUAGAAAGUGUCUGAAAGAUUCUGGCUGUUGCUAAAAAAUAUAUCCAAAUACAAUGAAUUUCUGGAAGCUUUUCAAAGGAAAAUUCCCCCCAAAUUCUGUAAACUUUACAUGGGAACUUUAGUGAGAAUUUUCCAAAUUUUUCUGGUGGACUUCUGACGCAGUUUCUGGAAACUUUUCUUUGGAAAAUGAAUCAAUUCCUGUAGAACUCUUUCAAUUUUAGAAGAUUUUUCAUGGCAAAUUUCUGGUGAAUUGCUCGAAAAUAUUCAUGGGAAAUUUGUUGCAAAAUUCUUAAAUAUUUCAGCUGCAUUAAUAACCAUAGUUUAUUUCACAUAAUCCAUGCAUGGAGCAGGCAGUCUUUUCUAUUCAUAACAAAGAUGCAUAUUUUCACAUGUGUGCGUGUAUGCAACAGUGGAAGACUUGACCUUUUUGUACAAAUUAAAAUGUACAAAUAAUUAUUUUGCUAAUAGCGCAUAAGCUAAAGGUACAGAUGACGAUGGGAGGGAUUCAACCACUUCAUUGAACCAUUUGUGUGAUAUUGUGGACUAAUGACGUGAAUGAUCAUUUCAUUUGAAAGUCGACAGUUGAUUUUAAUUUUUGGUUUAUUGACAAAGAAUAUUAUGCUCGAGUUAUUCGUAUUCUAAUAAAAUGUUAAUUCAGCCACACGGUCAA